AUGGGCUCGGCUGGCGAGGUCUAUGUGACCAUUUCGGCGCUCGAAGGAGGGCAGCUCACCCUGCCCGAAAGGUUGUUCAUCACGGACGCAGAUCCAGAGAAGAAGGCAACUGUGCCCUCGCUGGCGUUCUUGAUUCAACAUCCGUCUCAGAAUGGGAAACGCACCAGACUUGUUUUCGACCUUGGUCUGAAACGCGAUCUGACCAAGUACCCUCCUGCACAGCAAGCCCACAUCGCCAACCGCCAGCCAACUAUUCUCCGUCCUGAUGUUGGCGACAGCUUAAAAGCAGGCGGCGUCGACCCUGCCAAAGAUAUCGAUAUUGUGAUACCCAGUCACCUCCAUUGGGACCACGAGGGCACUCCCGACGACUUUCCCAACUCGCAGUUUGUUGUCGGGUCAGGGACAUUCCACCUGCUGGAGCAUGGCGCACCUCCUCACUACCCAAAAGAAAUCUUCAAUCCGGAUCUACUGCCGCGGGACAGAACUUUGGAGUUACCGCCGGUGUCGAAGGACGGCCCAACAGCGGCGGCCAAGCAGACAAAUCACUCGUGGAAGCCUUUCGCAGGGUUUCCCGCCACGGUGGACUUCUUUGGCGACGGUAGUGUGUUCAUUGUCGACAGCCCCGGCCACCUGUAUGGGCACGUGAACUUGCUUGCAAAGACCGGGCCACAAAAAUGGGUGUACCUUGGGGGCGACUGCUGCCACGACCCUCGCAUUCUAACGGGCGAGAAGGGCGUGGCACUGUACGACGACGGACAUGGAAACCUUCGGUCGGUUCAUGUGAACACGGAGCAGGCCAAAGAGACGCUGAAACGGAUUGGUCCCUUGUUGAAGACUCCGACGCCUAGCCUGGAGGGAGGCAGCACUGUGGAAGUGAUUGUGGCUCACGACGGGAUUUGGAGGAAGAACAACCCUCACAAGUUCUUCCCCGGCACGAUAUAG